AUGGACAGGCGGCCCGCCUUUGAGGAGGGCGUCACAGCCGUGUUCACCCAGUGGACGGCGCUGUGCCUUGCGGUAGAGAACGAGUGGGGCGGUCCGCUCAGCGUGGAUAAGGCCAACCAGAUCAUACAGGACGUCCUAGACUGGUUCUACGACAAGAAGGAGCACCAUGCUGAUGAUCUUGAGCUAGAGCUGGAGGAUGCAUUAGUCCAGGACUUCAACACUGAGUGCGAGGAUGGCAGCCCCAAGCAGGUCGCCGCCACCCUGGUUGAGCUGCACACCCAGCUGCUGCAGGGCAGCACCACGCUGUUGGAGCAGAUUCGCAGCCGGCAGGCCUCAGGCGCAGCUGCCAGCAAGCGCCAAGUGGUGGAUUUUGAUGGAGCAGAGGUGGAGGGCGGCAGCAGCAGCGGCGAAGAUGAUGACGGUGAUGAGGGAAUGGACGAAGACAAUGACGCGCCGGCGGCAGUGGCGCUGUCCGCCCAGCAACAGCAGCAAACGCAGGCGCGGGAGAAACCGCAGCCCGUCGUGGAUGCUGAUGGCUUUGAGAUGGUGCAGGGGCGGCGGCGUGGGCGGCGGUAG